AUGUCCAACCAGCGCUGGGACUCGUUCGGCGGUGCUGCGCGGGAGGCGGCCGCGGGCACGCUGGGCUCGCUAGCUCGGAUUUGGCGGACGUUUUUCGGCUUCAACUUUACGGAUGUCUUGGCACCACUGAAGGCUUGCGGCCCGGCGCACAUCACGCAGUUCGUGCACGGUAUUCGGAUUUUGCUAUUUGUUCGUGUGGGGGUAUAUUGCAGAUUUGUCAAUGAAUUUUUACUCGCGAGUAAAAGAAUUGAGUUUACGCGGAUUGGCAACGCGGCGGGCAUUCGAGCUAUGGGCGCGGACGCGCAGCUGGUCGAGGCCAGCGCGAGGAUCGCCGAGCUAGAGGCGGAGGUCGCCGAGCUCAAGAGGAACUCGCAGGGCCCCGUUCCCUCCACAUCCUUGUCCAGGUCGCUGCUCGCGGCGCUGGCCGUCUUCCAGGUCCUCCUCCUCGCCAUCUGUCUUUGGGGGGCAAUCAUCUCGACGAUCAACUACACGGAGGCGCCCUCCAUGACGACCUCGUCCAUGACACCUCAGCUCUCCACGCUCAAGAACGCCGCGGACGACUGCCCCGUCGCGGUGCACGAGACCAAGCUCGUGAUGCAGGGCGGCUUCUUGGAGAUUGAACUCCAAGAUGUGGACGGUUCCGAAGGGCGCCAGCGCCAGAACUACACCAUCAACGCAGCAACAUCGGUGGCAACCUGCCGCGACGCCCUGGUGAUUGCAGAUAACUACGAGAACGGCGUGGAUCACGUCGUUCUCCCGUGCAAGACGUGUGGAGGCGACAAGACGUACCCCCUGCUCUCGCCGACGAUGCUGACGGAGAAGGAGGACCACUUCAUUCUCCGCGGUCACAUCGGCGAGCCGCUGAAUGGAGACUAUGAGAUCAAGUGCUGCUACCCGAAGUCGGAGUGCAUCGCCCGGCCCAACCUGCCCUGCGCGAUGGCUCCAGUGCCGGAGGCCGGCCUCCCAGAGCACACAUGCCCCGAUUGGGAGCCGGAGCCGGAGCCGGAGCCAGAGCCGUACGGGCGCAUGUUGUUUGAGGCGGACGGCCAUGCGGAGCUCGAUCACUUCGAGUGCACCGACACCCCCGAGGAGCUUCUCGCACCCGCUGUGGAGAAGCUCGCCUUGCCCGCCGCCACGUGCGCCGAGCUGCUCGCCAUCGGGGGCUGCGAGCUCGAGGUGGUCAAGGACCUCUGCGCGAAGAGUUGCGACGCGUGCGGCGGCAAACAGAGCGCCAGCCACCUCGCCUUCUCCAAGCAUAUCCCUCACAUCUACGUAUGGGCGGAAAACCGUCGACUCGUUCCACGAGACGACUCGAUCUGGUGGCCUGUCUUUGGCUAA